GGCCGGCGGCGCGCGUGCGCGGGGCGGGCGCUCGGCGGGCGCUCCGGGGCGGGGAGCGAGGCCGGAGUCGCGGAGCGGUGCGGGACGCGCUGUGUGCGGGAGUCACUCACUCACUCACUCGCUCACUCUGUGUGCCGUUCGGUGCGGAGCCCUGCCGGCGUGUCCCAUGUCGGCUCCGUUCGAGGAGCGCAGCGGGGUGGUGCCCUGCGGGACGCCCUGGGGCCGCUGGUACCAGACGCUGGAGGAGGUGUUCAUCGAGGUGCGCGUCCCGCCGGGCACCCGCGCCAAGGACGUGCGCUGCAGCCUGCGGAGCCGGCACAUCUCCCUGGCCGUGUGCGGGCAGGAGCUGCUGCAGGGUAAACUUUUUGACUCUACAGUAACUGAUGAAGGAACAUGGACCUUAGAAGACAGGCAGAUGAUACGAAUUGUUCUAACAAAGACAAAUAGAGACGCUGGAAAUUGUUGGACAUCUCUGUUAGAAAAUGAAUAUGCUGCUGAUCCUUGGGUACAGGACCAGAUGCAAAGGAAACUUACACUGGAGCGCUUCCAAAGAGAAGUAAGUUAAAGGACUGAUGCCUAGAAAAGCUGAUGUGGAACAGAGACUAGACAGUUAAAAGGAAUAAAAUAGAUAUUUAUUGAAAGGCCUUAAAAGGAUACACUUUGGGCAGUACAAGAGCCUGGCUGGGGCUGCACCCGGGUUGAAUCCAAAAUGUAUCUCUGUCACAAGUUUUUAUACUUGUAUAAGUUUUGGUUCAUCUACACAUUGGGGUCAAUUUUCCAACCACAGCCCCAGGUUAUGAAGUCCCCCUGGCUUGCCCCUUCCCUUCGACAUUGUUUAUGCUUUUUGAGUAAGGGUUGUCUUUGAUUCUCUAGCUGGGAAGGGAUUGUUUUGUCUAACUACCCUGUGAAGAGAACUUACUAAGACUGAAUAUGAAGUUUCAG